GUCACAGGACGCGGAAGUAAUACUCAAAAAAUGGCAGCGUCCUUGACAGGCAUGUUAUUACUGCACUGAAGUUAUAAACAUGCUGUUAAGGUACAUUUCAAUAUCAAAGACAUUUUGUAUCAGCUGACAAGACGGAACAUAACAUACCAUGGAAAAACAAGCGUUUAUUGCGUCCUUAACGGCGGGGGGCUGUGCAGGGAUGUGUGUGGAUCUGGCACUCUUCCCCCUGGACACCAUGAAGACCAGGCUGCAGAGCCAGCAGGGCUUCUACAAGGCGGGGGGCUUCAGAGGGAUCUAUGCUGGGGUCCCGUCUGCUGCCAUUGGCUCCUUCCCUAACGCCGCUGCUUUCUUCGUCACCUACGACUGCACCAAGUCCCUGCUCGGCAGAGGCCAGGACGCGGCACGCAUGGCACCUGUCAAUCACAUGUUGGCUGCCUCCCUGGGAGAAGUGGUGGCUUGUCUGAUCCGGGUGCCCACAGAGGUGGUGAAGCAGAGGACCCAGGCCUCCCCCUCCUCCACCACGUACCAGAUGCUGCUGGCCACGCUCCGGGAAGAGGGUGUCAGAGGCUUGUAUCGAGGGUACAGAAGCACAGUUCUCCGAGAGAUCCCGUUCUCGCUGGUGCAGUUCCCUCUGUGGGAGCAUUUGAAGACUCUCUGGUCAGAGAGGCAAGGUCACGCGCUCUACUCCUGGCAGGCUGCGGUGUGCGGAGCCCUUGCAGGUGCAGUGGCAGCUUUUGUCACAACGCCCCUGGACGUGGCCAAGACCAGGAUUAUGUUAGCAAAGGCUGGAACGGCCACUGCGAACGGGAACAUCCCAACGGUCCUUCUUGAUGUGUGGAAGAGCCGAGGAAUUUCUGGGCUGUUUGCGGGCAGCAUACCCAGGGUGACCUUCAUCAGCAUGGGCGGCUUCAUCUUCCUGGGAGCGUACGAGAAGGUGCGCAGCACCAUGCUAUAGCGUCUUGAGCCCGAGCCAAGACACGCCACAAACAAAACGCACAAGGACACUCCUCCACUCCCCGCAGACACGCCUCAACUGGACCGAGGCCAGGCAGCACCCUCAGUUCCCUGGAGGCCCGACGCCUCCACUCAGCUCCCCCCACCCCCCCCCCCCCCUACCCCUCCAUCCCUGCACAUCCUGCGGGGCUACUCGGCCCCGUCAUCCACACCCAGGCACACAGCGCUCUGGGCCAGAGCUCAGGGAGCAGGGACACCUGGUGCUGUGUGGAGGGCCAUCCAUCCGACGGAUCACGUUACCCCCGUGGCUUUGCAUUCCUGCUCAUCAGCAGCACACUGCGGACGGGCUUGAAGUCCGCCGGGGCGGUCAUUUCUUCCCUCCCGACUGAAAGCGAACACCCGUCCCAUAUGACUCAUUUACCAGAGAGACUACAGUGUCCGGAGCAUCUGUGUGGGCUGAAUGACUUGCAUCGUGUUAUGGCUUCGCCCUUUUCUUUAUUUUAGUGUUUAGAUGAUGGCCUGGUGAUUACUUUUGUUAUGUUAUCGACGGAGCUACCGAUGCUGAUUUCUACCCCACUUCGGAUGAAGACCGAGGGGGCAUUAAGAUCUUUUAUGGCUCCCUCCAGCAAUGACUUGGCACUUAAGUCUGCGGCGAGCCAGGCCACCUGUUUUUAAGACCCACUGGGGGGGAGAAGAGUCAUAUCUCAGUGUUUAACCAGUCCCACAGGAGCAACUCUGAGCUCAUCCACCUGCAAGAGCUUUCAUUUCAUAAGAAGAGGCCCGCAAGAAUGUCCCGUCCAACCAUCACUUGAAUAUCUAUUUCAAUCAUUGCAUUUUUAGAGUCAUCUUCUCUCCCACAUACACAGGAAUACUCAUGAGGUUAUCGUUUGUUGUGGCUAGUUUGACUUCAUAAAUUAUGGUUUAAUUAUAUUUAGUCCUAUUAUUGUAUACCUCCAUUACACUAACAUCUUUGCGGGCGAAUAUGUGCACACAUGAUUUGAUUUAUGAGUGCAGUAUUUAUCUGGGGUUAUUAAAAGCCAGUGAGUGAGCCACAA